GUCCAUACUUCUCUCCAAAACGACGAGAUUGAUAAGCAGUUGAAGCGUAUCUACAGAGUUAGGUAUGCUGACAGCACAGUUUGGCACAGUUGCAUUUUCCCACUGUCUGGGAUUGCAUUUAUGGUAGUUUCUUUGAAGGAAACUCUUGUAACGUGGCCACCAGAUGAACUGUGUUCUCUUAAUCCACACAUUGUUGAAAGAAUAGAAGAGAUGCUCAAGAUCCAUCGCCAUAGUUACGUGAUCGCUACAUCCACUUUACACGGAAAAGACGAACAUGCAGCUCUUAUUGCACUACAGCAAAAGUUUUUUGACACAAAUUUAGGCAUCCUUGUGGCCCACAAUGCACAAGACUGUACUGACCACAUGUCUACUAUAGCCAAGGUAAUGUGUAAGACAGGAAAAGAGGUGAUACAAGCCCAGGUAAGGUGGGUUUUGUCAAGCCAAACGUCCAGUGAGGUCAUUGUGCAGGCAUUAGAGCAGCUUGGUCUGAGCCAGCAUCAGAGCAAUGUGCUGCUGGAUUGCUUUGGCAGCAUAGCAGCAGUGGCGGCCUCUAGUGCAGCACAGCUACAGCAAUCAUCUGUUGACUCUAUAACCUGUAACAACAUCUUAGAUUUCUUCGACCAAGACAAAAUACUGGUCUAACAGUGGCUAGUAACAAUACCCAAGUUAAUCUCAUCUUUGUCAGUGAUAUAGUGUGGAAUUGUCAUGGUAUGUAUAGUGUCAAGCGCACAUAAACGGUUUAUAACAUUGAUACGUAAGGUUUAUCAAGAUCAAUUUAACCUAAUAGUACCGGUAGUUUGAACUAUACGUGGUACUUUUAAAUUCGAUCUCUUAUUUUUUAAAUUAUUGUUAUUUAUAUUUUCAGUUUUUUUAAAUACAUUUGUAAAAAUUCAAUUACUAUUUAAAAUACUAAUACCUUCCUUUAAAUGUUACCGGAUGUUAUACUCUGCAAUUUCGUGUUUGAUUGUGUUUAUUCAAUUGUACACAUGGCAAAUCACAUGCAACAAAAUAGUAAAAUGCGUGCAAUUUAUAUCCACUUUCAGUUUUAAUAUAGCAUAUUAUAAUCUUGCUUGUACAACUGCACAAUCACACCCAGGGUUCUCUGUUAAAUGUACACUCUACAGGGUACACCGGUACACGCACACCACACUUCAUGUUUCUCUGGCAUUUGCAUGGCAAAUGAAGCCUAGUCACAUCUGUGGCUCACUGGGAUAUACCAGUUAGCAUUAAACACGUCUAGCUGUGUUGUAAAGAGAUGCACACAAUUCUUUUCUCACCCACCAUUGCCUCUUAUCUUCCUUCUUGUCAGAGUACCUCUUAGUAGUACAAAGCCAACAGUCAUGGAAACGAUAAAUAUUUGUUAUACCUAUUGAGACUGUUUCUUCAUACAAAAUACACAUCCAUAUAUAGUAUUAGUACAUAAGAAUGCAGUUUGUUGCAAUAAUAAGCUUUCUUACACACACUCACGCACACACACAAGUGUACAUACGUACAUACAUACAUAUUAACAUACAUAUGUGUGUGAGUGUGUGUAAAUAUAGUUUGCACAAACGCGUACAUACAUGCACACACACACUCACUCACUCGCACGAUGAAAUCGGUGCACAAAUAGCAGCGCUCCCUGGGUGUGACAUAAAUCCACAGUCAGUUACACGGCAUGAAGGCGGAUGAAGCAAAAAGCAUUGGAUAAAUAUUUGUGUACAAACAUUUAGCACUUAGUUCACCACGUUGUUUGUCCUUGCUGUCACAUUGCCCCCUCUCAACAGAUCCUUGCACUCUUUCUGGCCAAUUGGCACUCUGCUCCCAAAAGAGCAUCCCUGCCUGGCAGUACAGGGCACAAAAUCAUGUCAACUAGGACACCUUUUUAAAACAUUUUACUUGCGUUUUAGCUCCUAAUUAUGAAAUGUGUGUAAAAGUCAAAAGGUUCUUCCACGAAUAAAAAUCGACUGGUUUUGAAAGCAAGUUUACAUCUGUACACAUACACGUAAAUGUACAUACACACUCUCGUUUCUAAAAUAUGGAAUCAGACAUAGGUGUGCUCCCUGGCCAGACAGCAACACCGCUUUGUGCCCGUUCACUGACAAACUAUAACUGAUAAAGAUAUCAAAAUUUCUCUCCAGACCCGCAAAUAUUUGGAAACAAGCACAGACACAUUUAUGCAGACAUCACUGGCAACACAUAAAAGCACAGCAACAGUUGGCCAGCUAAUCACCACCACACUGUAGUGAGGAGCCAACAAAAGAAGCUAUACAUGAUAUAUCACACUAUUCGGCUGCGUGUUUAACCAUGUGCUUAUACUCAACACAUAUAAAGCACCAACUCAAUCUAAAGCGAUUUUCAAAAAUAAUUUCCCAGUUAGCACAAACCUAGAAAAGCAAAAUAUCUUACAAGCGAAGGUAUGUGGCUGCAAAGAUGGUCGGGGUGAGGGAAGUAUAGGCCACGCACACUACCGUGCAUGCGUGCGCUCAGGGAGAGAGGGUCACUCUGAAUGUCAACAGUUAAGGUUAUUUUUCGUCUUUGAGCAAAGUUACCUUAGAUGUAGUCAUGCCUAUAGUGUUCUUGUUAUAGUCAGUUGCAUAGUUUAAGCAAUAAACAGCAAAACUAUUGAAACUUUUUUUUAAGAGAUAUGUUACAUCAACAUUGAACUGAUUAAAUGGAAGUAAACCGAGUCAACAAUGAGACAUUUUUUUUAUAUUACAUAGUGGGAGCAUUUUGCACCUGGCACUACAGUAAAAUCUACCCACAUCUCGUCUUCUAUAGAGUAGAUGCUAUAUAUAAUGUGCCGAUCAGUGAUCUGUAAAAUUGACUUCCUACUUACUAUACAUAGUAGCAAUGGACAACUACCGUGAACAAGUUCCUAGCAAUGCGAUGAUACGAAAGAAGCAAAUUUCCCCAAGAAAUUGUCAUAUUCACAGUUGGAGCGAGAUGAAUGCGAUAUAAUUUACAAGAGGGUGGGGGAGUGAAUGGAUUGGAAGAAUUUCUGACAACUUGAGACAUGAUUCUAAAACCAGAGACUCAUAGUGGAAACACUCGUUAGUCACAGCAGGUCGAAAUGGAUGCCAAACUUUCACGGUGUACACAGAAAUAUCACAAAUCCUUUAUCAAGACAGUGUGUUCCUGCAAAUUUCCAUUGCAAAUUAAAAACAGGACAAGAAUUUUUACAAAUAAAAAAAAUGACAUUGAAAGCAGCAGUCAAAAUGCUUUUCUUAUAUAUACUCACUGCUCUCUGCAGUGGCAUUUCACAUUGCUACCGCUCAAACCAAUGUUACCAUGUAACUUUAAUAUACACAUUAAACAACAAGAAUCCUCGAAGAACCGACUGCUCUAGACGUAUACAGAGAGCUAGGGAUGAAUAACGCAAAUAAGGGACAAAGUGACAUCAGGAAAAUGCCCAACAAAAAGAAACAUCUGUCAAUCGUCAUGGUAGAAUACAUAGCAUGCUGUCAGCUAUGCACACCCACGGAAACAAGUAGGUAAAGUCAGCACAUACACUCUCAACUACGAAAAUAUCACGAUAUCGAAACCGGACUGCAGUCUUCUGUGAGUCGGCAGCACAGGUUAUACGCCUACAUCCAGACCCAACAGGGACCUACCGGAGGGUACACGGUGUGCUUGCCACAUUAAGAACCAUGGCGCUCUAAGCCUGCAAGCGACACGCAAAGCUCGCGGCUGCUUCAGACUGGAACCCACUACAGGGAUAAAUGGAGGACCUCGACAUGGUAUUCACAGUAGGCGAUCGUUCGUGCAGCACGAAGCCGACUACGACAAAGUUUACGUUACGGUGCCUCGGGUCAGACGAUGCACCACUGUAGCUAGGCCUAGCCACGCUAGCCCAACGCAAGGGAUUCGAAACGAACUCGAUCGGCUGUUGUUCUUAGCUCUCUCGAAGGCAACACUUAGUGAAGAAAUAAGAACUUGGAGCUCUGAUAACUAUACCUUUACUAAGUGCACUCACUGCUAUCUUUAUCCCCUCGCAUUUCACCGGUAUCCUGUGUGUGUGAUUAGAUGCGAGCACGUCUGAAACCUAACAGCCGAUCACGACAAUCCUGCCCAGAUUCGCUUCCGGAUAACCCGAACAGCUUAGGUAGCUAACACUACCUAGUCUCCACUAGUACAUAUAUACAAAGGAAAGGUUCAGCUGCUGGAGUCAACCGACACGCAGAGCCACGGUCAGCACAAGAGCAGCUCCCAGCGCCAGCGCACUGUAGAAAUAUUCAUGGAAUAACUCAAAGCAUUCCGUCCCAAGUGCCGUUUAACCAUGUUGGUUAGCCUUCCUGGACUCAACUAGGGCUCCUUGACCUAAUCACGGUCCCUACUCACCCACAGUAUCUCACUCUGACUUUAUACACAUAACCUACAAUAUGGAUAGAAAGCAUUUGAUGCCUGGCUAAAAAGCAUGUAAAUCCCAUAAUUUUGAGCGAAAUCCUUAAGAUGUACAAAUCAACGGGUGCCAUCCAAUGGCCCAACAGCAGAAACCUAUAGAUUACUUACAAAAAGCAGUGUUAUAGCGUAAGGUGUUGUCCACUGCAUCAUCUCAUAAUGCUUGGUGGACAUCACCUUUACGUGUGGAAUAUCAUAGCAAACACGGAUCUCAAAACAACUGCAAAACAAUAAAGAUGAUGCAAUAAUUAAUUAGACACUAUCACCUGUAUCAGUAGUGUGAGAAAAUUAGAAUUUAGAUAAUUUUACACAAAUGCUGUAAUAUGAUCGAGACUGAGCAUUAGCGUUAAUAUUAGUCAGACUUUAGGCCAUUAGAGUAACCAAGCUUCUGCCAACGAAACAUCAACUGCAAUGCUACUUUCCGAUUCCAUAUAAUGGAGAAGUUUAAUCUGUGACUUUUAUUAUAGAUAGUGUUAAAAUCACCGCCGCUGAAUUUAUCGGCCGCGUUUACAACACAGCUCAGAUCACAACUAGUUUAAUGUCGAGGGAAAGCAUGGCAAACUGUAUUUUUCCAGACGCUUUCUUGCCUCCCUUCCCUUAGCUGACACAGUCACAGUAGGCUUUCAUACUUAGUGAGCAAAAACGUUACGUAGUACCUCACAUAAUGUUUUCCACUUGACUAGAAAGUAGCAACAAAGCAAAACUUUUCCCUCAAAAGGCAGGGUCUACGUGUUGAAAUCAGGGUGCCAGCAGUGUGGGUAUGACACCUUGUCCCAGACACUGUUUACUCUGUACAUGGACACACACACACACAUACUUAUCUAUAUUUAUGUAUGUGUAUGUAUGUGUGUGUGUGUGUGCGUGCG